CUACUCUUUGGUCCCAACCAUCAAAAACCAAACCAUCCAAUCCAACCAAAUACCCUAAAAUAACCAAGCCAAUUUUUCAACACGGCACAAUCCAUCAAUGUCAGCGACUUUGAUUGCUGUGGAAUAGAUUUUUGGCCAAAAACACCUGAAUUUCUAUUCUAUUCUACAGAAACUCCAACGGCUAUCAAUCAGAUCCUGAAACACACUACUGCAGAUGUGUAAAUUUAAAUAUGUGAUUGUUAUAUAGGUUAACUCUUGAAUCAGUAUUUCAACACAAACUAUAAUAAGCAAAAAGAUUUUUUGCUGAUCAUAACCUAUCACCAUGGGAGUUCCUAAGUUCUUCAGGUAUACCAGUGAGAGGUAUCCCUGCCUCAAUGAGCUUGUCAAACAAUAUCAGAUACCAGACUUUGACAACAUGUACCUAGACAUGAAUGGUAUCAUCCACAACUGCUCACACCCGGACGACUCCAACCCUCACUUCCGUAUAACGGAAGAGAAGAUUUUCCAAGAUAUCUUCCAUUAUUUGGGCAUACUGUUCCAAAUCAUUAAACCGAAGAAGCUGUUCUUUAUGGCUAUUGAUGGUGUCGCUCCAAGGGCUAAGAUGAACCAGCAAAGAGGCAGGAGGUUCAGAUCUGCCAGGGAAGCAGAAAAAUUAGAAGAAGAAGCAAAGUCUAAGGGUGAGGUCCUGCCCACUGAAAAGCGGUUCGACAGUAACUGUAUUACACCAGGGACUGUGUUCAUGGCGCGUUUGCACGAACAGCUUAAGUACUUUGUGAAGCAUAAGAUGUCCACCGAUCCUCUGUGGAGCAAAGUGAAAGUUAUCUUGUCAGGGCAUGAGACCCCAGGCGAAGGCGAGCACAAAAUUAUGGACUACAUCAGAUGGUCGCGCUCACAGCCCGAAUACGAUCCGAACACCCGUCACUGCCUGUACGGGCUCGACGCCGACCUCAUCAUGCUGGGCAUGUGCACCCACGAACCGCACUUCGCACUGCUCAGGGAAGAGGUGAAAUUCGGAAAAACUACCCAACGAGCGACCAGCCCUGAAGAAACCAACUUCUACUUACUCCAUUUAUCAUUACUAAGAGAAUACCUUGAACAAGAGUUCAUAGAUAUAAAAGACAAACUACCAUUCCCCUACGACAUAGAGAAAAUUGUCGACGAUUGGGUGCUCAUGGGGUUUUUGGUGGGGAACGAUUUUAUUCCCAACUUGCCUAAUAUGCAUAUAAGUAAUGAUGCCUUGCCGGUACUAUAUAAGACUUAUAUGACGGUCUUGCCUACUUUAGACGGUUACAUAAACGAAGCCGGCGACUUAAACUUAGCCAGGUUCGAACUAUUCAUGCAAGAGUUAGCCAAGAUUGACAAAGAAAAGUUUCAAGACACGUACGCUGAUCUCAAGUACUUCGAGGGUAAGACCGGCAGGCGGCCCAAUCCUAAUGAGAGGAGAGAGUACAAACCUAACAAUGAGGACACGUUUAACGUGAACGUGGAUGAUAUAAAGGCGAAUGCGCCCGACGACGCUUUGCAGGCGUUGAUCAACCGUACUCAAGAAAUGUAUUUUGAUGAUGUUGACAAUGAAGAAGAUGAAGAAUACGAAGAAACUAGUGAUGAGGAAGCCACUUUCGAGAUGGAAUUCAAGCUUCACAAGAAGGAUUACUAUAUGAAUAAAUUAGAUUAUUCAGCUGUAACUGCAGAAGUAUUAGCGGACCAAGCCGAAGGCUACGUUCGCGCGAUCCAAUGGAACUUAUUCUACUACUACAAAGGCUGUCCGUCCUGGUGUUGGUACUACCCGCACCAUUACGCGCCGUACAUAUCAGACAUAAAGGGCUUCAAGGAUCUGAAGAUCGAGUACGAGCUAGGGGAACCUUUCAAGCCUUUUGAACAGCUUCUAGCCGUACUGCCAUCAGCCAGUAAACACCUCUUACCUGCACCAUUCCAUGAUCUCAUGACGGAUGAGGAUUCCCCCAUAGUCCACUAUUAUCCAAUCAACUUCGAGACGGAUCUCAACGGCAAGAGGAACGACUGGGAGGCCGUAGUGCUUAUACCGUUUAUUGAUGAGGUAAAUCUGUUGUCAGCCAUGGCACCAUGCUACCAAAGGCUGACUGAGGAGGAGUUAAAUCGAAAUACACACGGACCAAUGCUUGUCUAUAACUGGACGAAAGAAAGUUUAGGUACCGUAGAAGCCCCAGAACACUUCCCAGCUAUCCAAGACUGCCACGCCGUAGAGAAGAAAGUGUACCGCAAAGAACUAGACGUGCCAGAGCACGUGCUGAAGCGAGGCAUGCUGCCGAACGCCAAGCGGGACAUGAUGUACCCCGGCUUCCCCACCAUGAGGCACUUGAAGUACAAGACGAGCCUGAAGAAAUGUAAGGUGAAAGUAUUCGACCAGCCGUCCCGCAACGAAAACAUGAUGGUGGAACUCAUCAGGGAGUCCAACACGGAGCCGCAGUUGGAGAAAAUCGCCCAGGACUUUUUAGGGAAAGUCAUCUGGGUUGGGUGGCCUCAUCUUACUAAAUCUAAGGUAAUUUCGGUAUCAAACGAAAAGACGCGGCUCCACCACGUCGACCAUCAGAACAACAACGUGAACGGCACUCCCAGCUACACCACCGAGUCCAACUUCGGAAACUUGCAUAAGCAGUGGAUAUCAGAACGAUCAACGAUCAUAGAACACAAUCAGAAUCGUCUUGGAAUUGAACUGGGCAAUGUGAAUGUUAUAAUUCAUGCUGUUAAUUUAAAAGGCUACAAAUACUUAAUCCAAGAUAACACCCAAAUGGUACUCGAACCGGAAUGGUGCUCCAUAGCAUGCGGCUACGCGUACCAAGCAGUGGUCCGAGACGUGUCUGAACAUGUUAUACAAGAGGCCGGCAAGUUCUCGACGCCGCAAGAGGCCUAUCCGGCGGGCUCGAACGUGUUCCUGCUCACACAGGGGCAGUACUACGGGUGCAUGGCCACGGUGGUAGAUUCGGAGGCAGUCCGCAGCGGGCGCAUCAAAGUGCAAGUGACGGAGCAAACGGAGCCGACGCCCGUCGCGCACGCCAACAUCUGCCCCUACCGCAGCGCCAACCACGCCGCCGCCUCCUGCGGAAUAUCACCUCAAUUCCUCUCGAGAAUAACGGGAACUGUGCUGGUGGUUUCUGGCCAAAGAAACACUCUGCCUACCGAAACACAGAACAAAGUCAACGUCGGGCUAAAUUUAAAGUUCAACAAGAAGAACCAAGAAGUAUCGGGCUACACUCGCCGCUGUCCCGUCUCCAACACGUGGCUAUACUCGCAGCGCUGCAUCGAGUUGGUCAAGAGCUACGAGCAACAGUUCCCGGAGCUCUUCGACAAGCUAGCCGAGUCCAUGUAUAAUGAUAUCUUCUUCGAGAGCGACAUCUGGCCUAACGAAGUGGGCGAAAAGAAGCCCCAAGGAGUCCAAGCAUGGCUGAAGGCCCAGCCCCACUCGAGCGCGGCGCGGCGCGAGUGCGGCUCCGACGCUCUCGAGCCCGAGGAGAUGAAAGCACUCUUCCACUCCUUGGACAAGCAGCUGCACCAACUAGGGGGCGAUGGGAAGACGGUCACGCUUCAUGUCAAAUGGAACCUUCUGUAUAAGCCGGAACUCCACGAAGGAAACGUCCAGCCGGACCCUAAAGCGGACUUCAAAAUGUAUGACCGCGUGGUCUGCGUGGCUCGCAGCAUCACGGCUCCGUUCGGAGCCAAGGGCACCAUCACCGCUGUGUACCAACCGCCACAGUCUAAUACAGUGCGAUUGGCUGAUAAAUUGAACGCCGAACCUACGUAUCAAGUGAUGUUUGAUGAGCCUUUCCCGGGUGCCUCGCCUGAAGAGCUGUUUGAAGAGCAUAGGUUCUAUAGGAUGUUACCAACGAACAUGCUGAACAUAUCAUAUGGCCGUAAACUGAGGAAAGCUGUGACCGUCGCCGGGGCGCAAGAGACGCAGAGCAUGAACAAAACGCCUAAUCUGCUGCGGAGAGAUGACGGACACAACUCCGCGUUCGCUAGUUAUAGUCCCACAAGAGAUCAAAAGACUCCAGUAAAUGAAACCCGAAACAAUACCGCAAGUGCUUCCACAGAUAAUCCACAAGACGAUGCUACACAGCUUCUAAGGAGUCUGCUCAACAUUAGUCAAGGAGAAACAGAUUCUAAUAAAAAAUCUGGCAAGAACGCACGAGAUCAAAAUCAGAGUUGGCGAUCGAGAAAUGACAAUAACGCCCAACAGCAACCAAACAGCCAAACUAGCGAAUUUUGGAAAUUAUUUACCAGGUCUCAACAACAGCAGCCGCCGCAGCCGCAGAAUUGGCGCAAAGAGCAGAACGGCACGUUCAACAGGGCGCCCCCGCCGCAAGUGUACCAGGAGUGGACUAACAGGUCUUUCAAGAAUCAACCACCAGUGCCUCCGUAUCCGACGUUUGGCCAACCCUUCCAAGGGCCGGGGCCGAACCAGAUCCCAUUCCCCGCGUUUAACAACGCGCACUUCCAACGCAACCACAACGCGAUGCGACAGCAUCCGCAGAACCAGCCCCAUCCGCAAAAUCAGCCCAAUCCGCAGAAUCAGCCGCAUCCACAGAAUCAGCAUCCGCAGCAGCAGCCGCAGAAUCAGCAUCCACAUCCGCAGUUCCCGCAACACCUGCCCAGCGUCGCUGGAGUGGCGUUAGCGCCCAGUUGGAACAAGAAUCCACCGCAGAACCAAGUGCAGUCCGGGCCCACGCAUAAUGCUCCGAACAACACCGAAAAACCUAACCCAUUUGUACCGCUGCAAGUACAGACCAGCCAACGGCGCGUGCACAACCCUCCCGGGCCGCCACGGCGCGGCGCCGACGGCUCGCCGGCCCCGCAGCCCGUGCCUGUGCAGGGACACUCAUCCUCACAUUCGACGUUCCGGCAGCAAGAGGACUCGUCAAAGAGACCACAAAGAAAGAAAAAGCCGAGAGUUGCCGCCAACCUUCCCUUUCAAAUGGAUUAAUUAUAAAUAUUAUAAUGUUGCCAAUCGUGUACAUAGUUAAUGAAUCAGAAUCAAUGUAAACAGUUUAUGUAUAAGUCAUCAACUAAGCCAUCUAUCUCAAUAGGGUGACUGUUAUAGUUAUGGGUUAUGGGCCACUCCAUAGUAAUAUAAUAGGCCACUCUUAACAAUAAAACUUGUAUUGGUUUGUUUGUUUCUGGUUUGUUAAGACUGGCCAAUUACUAUAGAGGGGCCAAUAACUAUUACUAAAACCUGAAUCUGAAUACUAAAAAACAAUUGAGCGAAUUAUCCACACAAAAUCUUUCCGUAUAUGUAAGUAAACUCAGAAUGGUGUAAAAGAGCUGCUAUGAAUAUAGUUAUAGUACUAUUGUACAUAGUGUAUAUACUGAUAUUAAUAACUAUGUAUUUGUUGCAGUGGUACGUAAGAUAACAAUUUUUGUGAUCCUAUAGGUAACUUAGUCUAAACGUAUGGUAGAUGAUGUCCAUUAAAAUGAAGGACCAAAAAUGGACUUUAAUUACUUGUAAAAAGAUCUAAAUUUGUUAGUUCACUUUCAACAGUUUUAGUACAUACAAUUAUCGCGGCCUUGUUCAAAUGUCGACGAAUAAUACAAUAUUUGACAAAACUAGCAAAAAUUUAAUAAAUUGCAGGAAUAUCGUGCUAUGUUAAAUUAUUUUCUUACUUCUUAACUUUAGGCGAAUGAGCUUUAAUACAUGUUCAUAUAUUUUUAUCAUUCGUGUUUUAACUAAGACGCCUAAAACGUAUGGAAAUGACAAAUAUUCUGGGAAUUUAUCCCAUGAUUUGUGAUGAUACAUUUACAAGUUCAAGGCUCUGUGUAAUUAAAAUAUCGUUUAUAGUAAACGUUGCAGCAAAGUAUAUUUUCAUCAUACAGUUCGGUCGUAAAUAUGUAUACAUUUUUUGUAUGCAGGUAUAUAAAUGUAUCAUAUGGGCAGACGAAGAUGUGGUUCAGCUGCCACAGUAUCGCUAACACACUUUACGGUAAAAGACAUAUGUAAUAUGUAUAUGUUUAUUACCGUAAAGUGUGCAUUAGCGCAUUUGAGAAAAGCCACAACUGAAGAAUAUCGAAUAACCUUAACCUGCACGAUUCAGGUUUUAGACAAAAGCAAAAACGCAGUCACAUUGGUUACGUUUACAAAAAUAAAAUGUCGUAGUUUUGGUUUUGGACUUAUUACUACGCUAAUUUUAAUAUAAUUCACCCUAGUCAAAUUUUAUUAAUAAUGUUAAAAAAUAUUUUUUACUUCAUGAUGACGAUUUAUGAUUCUCAUACAUUCAAUCAAAAUAUAAUUUAUAAAAAUAGCAAAUUAAAACUGGCAUCGUGCGGUUGUGGUUUAAGGAAAUAUUAAAAGUAUUCUUUAUUUUAUACAAUUUAUGUUAUUGAUAGUUAUUUCUAUUAAAGUACAAAACACGAUAAUAAUUUAUGCUCAAUUUCUUGAGUGUGUUAAAUGUUGUGUAUAGGUAAAUGUAAUAUUCUGUCUGACAAGUUUAAACUAAGUGUACUCCCAUCGCUCUGAAAUUAAAUCUCAAUGUUAUUAAAUAUACCCACAAACUGUUUCAUUGACUGUUUUCUUAAAAGAAAAUACAGCAUAAUAAAUGUGGAAUUCUGAA